CGUGGUUUCAAUAUAUGCGUUUCAUAACAGCGUACCGAGGAGGGACCGUAUUUACAACGCUUCCGACGGUAACUCGGAGCAUAACAAGCUUGCACUCUAUAUUUGAACAAUUGUCACGACAUCUGCAAUCAUUCGAAUUCACCUCCAACGGUGUCUAGAAUAGAAAAUAACAGGCCAGAGGAACCACUUCAUCGCUUCCGUCAAAGUAUUAAAUAUGGCGUCCCGAUCUCCAUCGUCUUCCCCUGACUCUGCUACGGGCUCAGGUACAGAUCCGGCUCGGCCCGACACAGGAGAGCCACUGGGUGGAUCGGAUUCAGAUUCAGAUUUAGGUCUACGGGGGGUGGAUUGCGGGGCUGUGGAUUUGGGACAUGGACUUGAAGGAGAGGAACUGGAAAUUGAGUUCGAAGCUGCGGCUGAUCGCCUCCCCAGUCUGGUGCAGAACGCCACUAGAGAACAGUUGUUGUACCUGUACGCCAGGUAUAAGCAGGUCAAAGCUGGAAAGUGCAACACAGCAAAGCCAGGGUUUUUCGACUUUGAAGGCCAGAGGAAAUGGCAGUCCUGGAAGCAGUUGGGGGAUCUGAGUCCAGAGCAGGCCAUGCAGGAGUACGUGUCCUGUGUCCAUGCCCUGGACCCUGAGGGCAGCUCUAAGACGGCUGACAGAAGGGGGCGGGAGCGUCGGACGGGAUUCGGAGGCGCGACGGUCAGUUCCCUCUUCCAGGAGGAAAAGAUCAGGGAAGAGGAUAAGAACAUAUUUGACUACUGCAGAGAGAACAACAUUGAGCACGUCACCAAGGCUAUCGACUCCAAGAAGGUGGACGUCAAUCUCAAAGAUGAGGAGGGCAGGGCGCUGCUCCACUGGGCUUGUGAUCGGGGACACAAAGAGCUGGUGUCUGUGCUGCUGCAGAACAACGCCGACAUCAACAGCCAGGAUGAUGAAGGUCAAACAGCACUGCAUUAUGCGUCGGCGUGCGAGUUCGGCGACAUCGUGGAGCUGCUCCUGCAGUCGGGAGCCGACCCCUGCAUUAAGGACCAGGAGGGCUCCCUGCCUGAGGAGGUGACAGAGUCCGGCGACAUCUCCUCCCUCCUGCAGCAGUACGCCGUCUCCAAAGGCUAGGGCCCACCCCCGCCUGCCCACAAUGCACUGCAACGGCCGACCAGUCCAUUCCUCCCCCCGCCCUGCCCCCUGAUCUGUGUAUGAUGGAUAUAUGAAUCAGAGCCCCCCUGUCCAUUACAGAGACCGCCCCCCAUCAGCCUGUGUAAUGUUACAUUCCAUGGAAUGCACUCAUUAUUCUUAUUAAAAAGUGAAAAUUGAUAAA